AUGACAGAGCAGGGGAGCAACAACAGCGCCAAGGGGGGCAAGCUCGCACAACUCUCCAUCUUUGAGGCCAAGGCCGACGUCGAUGAUGGCGGCGGCUCGACCAAGAAGACUGCGGCCCAGAGCGGGGGCGGGGCGGCGCGUUUCGUGGCGGCCGAGGGCGACAAGUGCGAGGUGUGCGCCAAGCGCGUCUACAUCGCCGAGAAGCUCGAGGCAUGUGGUGAAUGUAUUGUUGGGGGAUGGGUCCAGGCGGACGGGCGUAUAUUCCACAAGAGCUGCUUCCGGUGCGCCCACUGCAACGGGGCCCUCAAGCUGGGCACCUACGCCUCGCUCCAGGGCAAGUUCUACUGCAAGCCCCACUUCCGGCAGCUCUUUGCCCUCAAGGGCAACUACGCCGAAGGGUUCGGGGAGAAGAAGCCGCAGGAUGUGUGGAUGCGGGGCAAGGAGGGCGGCGAGGAGGAACCCGACGCCUCGGCGGCCACGCCGGCGGCAGCUGCCGGUGACGCGGAGGCGGAGCGGCGCCGGCGGGAGGAGGCCCAACAGGAGCGGGAGCGGCAGCAGGCGGAGGCGCGGGAGAGGGAGCGGGUGCUGAAGGCGGCGCGCGAGCGGGAGCGCGAGAUGCAGAAGCGGGACGAGGACGCCGCGCGGCAGAGGCGCGAGCGGGAGCGCGUGGAACGCGAGGAGCGGGAGCAGAACGAACGCAAGCGGCGCGAGGCCAGGGAGCGCGAAGCCGCCGCCGCCGCCGCCGCCCAACGCCAGCAGCAGCAGCAGCAGCAGCAGCAGCAGCAGGAGGCCAAGAAGAGCAGCGGCGACGAGGCCACGGCGGCGGCGAAGAGGAAUGCGGCGGCAGCGGCGGCAGUGGCCGAGAAGGAGCGCGAGCUCCAGAGGCGGGAGAGGGAGGUGGCGAGCCGCGAGCGGGAGCUCAAAGACAAGGAGCGCGAGCUCGAACGCCGGCAAGCCCAGCAGCAGCAGCAGCAACAGCAGCAACAGCAGAGGAGCCCCGCUACUACGAGUGGCGGCGCCAGCAGGAGGAAGGAGCAGGAGCUGGAGCGCAAGGUGCAGGAGCUGCAGGAGGCGCUGGCGGCCAAGGACCGGCAGCUCCAGGCCGCCAGGUCACCGGCAACGGCGAAGGUCUCGUCGUCGUCGGCACCGGCCGCUGUGCGAAGCGUCGGAGCGGGUGGUGGUCGCUGGGGCUGGUACGCCUUCGCCGUGGCGCCCUACGUCGUGUGCACCCUCUGGCUCGCCUACCUCUGGUCCUAG